ACUCCGGCAUAUAAUAUGCAUCAAAGCGGACGGGUUUCGGAGCCGCGGGCAGUUUUAUAGUAAGCGUUGAAGUUGAAGACGUACAUAGUGCUGUCGCCAUGUCUGUAGAGUUGGUGUCUAGCUAGCCAGGCAGAGGUUCACCGGUAGAGGAUCGUUCUACCUACACCACCACUUUGGAGACGCCCAGGGAUAAGAUAUACGGAGAGUAUACGGACAUAACCCGGGUGUGUACAGUAAACCUUAGGCGAAAGAGCAAGAUGGCUGGACGCUCACGGAACUGGCUGGAGGCCAUCUCGGAGCGAAUCCACGCACAGAAGAAGGCCCAGCCCUCCAUAGACAAGAAGACGAUAGAGAAGGCGUGGAAAAUGAUGGACAAGGUCGUGACUCACUGCGCCAAUCGGCGACUCAACUUGAAGAACAGUCCCCCGUUUAUCCUGGACAUUCUGCCCGACACCUACCAGCACCUCCGCAUCGUGUUCAAGCACUACGAGGAGAACGUGACCUUUCUGAACGAGAACGAGUUCUUCCGCAUCUUCAUGGAGAACCUUAUGAACAAGUGCAAGCAGACGGUCCGCCUGUUCAAAGACGCCAAGGAGAAGAUAUUCGACGAGACGAGCGCCGAGCGACGGAGUCUCACGAAGCUCUCCCUCAUCUUCUCCCACAUGCUGGCUGAGUUGAAGGCACUGUUCCCCAUGGGGGUGUACGGAGGGUACACGUUCAGGGUCACCAAGCAGGACGCCGCAGACUUCUGGGCAGUGAACUUUCAGACUAGAGCAAUAGUUCCUUGGAGAGACUUUCGACAGACUCUAACUGAAGCCCACCCCAUUCAGUCGUCACUCGAGGCCAUGGCUCUCAAGUCAACCAUAGACCUCACGCUCAAUGAUCACAUCUCUAUCUUUGAGUUCGACAUCUUCACCAGGUUGUUCCAGCCCUGGCCCACACUGCUCAAGAACUGGAAUGCCCUGGCAGUCACUCACCCCGGCUACCAAGCCUUCCUCACGUACGACGAGGUCAAGGCUAAACUGCAGCCCUACAUCAACCGACCUGGAACGUACAUAUUCCGACUCAGCUGCACGCGACUGGGCCAGUGGGCCAUAGGCUACGUGACCCAGGAGGGCACCAUUCUUCAGACCAUCCCUCAGAACAAGAGUCUCUGUCAGGCCCUCAUUGACGGCAGUAGGGAGAGAUUCUAUCUGUAUCCUAAUGGAGAGGACCAGAACGUGAACCUGUCUGAGAUUCUGUCACCAACUGAAGAGAGACACAUCAAGGUGUCGAGAGGAACAGUACGAGAUAUACUGUGAGAUGGGCUCCACCUUCCAGAUGUGCAAGAUCUGUGCCGAGAACGACAAGGACAUGAAACUGGAGCCGUGCGGUCACCUCAUCUGCCACGUCUGUCUCCACAACUGGAUGGACAGCGGCCGCACCGACUGCCCCUUCUGUCGCGAGGAGAUACGGGACACCGAAACAGUCAUCAUCGACCCGUUUGGUCGUCGGGCGGAGCGGGCGGAGAGGGAGAGGGCGGAGAGAGAGGCUGCACUCGCCGUCCCCAAGAGCCAGUCUCCUCUGGGAACGUACAGUCUGGCGGGUGCGAUGACGGGCGGAGUGGGCGGGCCUCAUCUGUCGGUCCCGCCCGCCAAGUCGCUGGCCUCGACACAAUCGGACGAGGAUGCCUCUGAGUGUGAGCGACCGGAGCGAUGGACUCUGAGGGAUCUAAGAAAGAUGCAGGCAUCUCAUGGAGCCUCUCACUCUCAGCCCAUCGCCCCCUCCUCUUCCUCCUCCUCUACCACCGCUGACCCUCCCCCUCUCCCUGCUCGCAGGCAAGUCAGUCACCCGCCAGUGAAAGCCUCUCCCUCACUCAACCCCCCGUCCUUCCUCUCCAAGCCCCUCAAUGACACUGACUCCACCCAUUCCGAGAGCCACUCCGCCCCGUCCUCCCCGACCCACGACCAGCCCCCCGUCAUCAACCCUCGUAACGACGUCCGUCGUUCAAACAGCCCCUGCAGCCGGCCCCGCUCAGUAUUGGUCAAUUCCGAACUCAACUACUCUGAACUGAGGUUCCCUCCACCAAGUAAUAGUCACCCCAUCCCUCGGGCCCGAGUUACAAAGACAAACUACGCUCACGUUAUCCCUCAGGAAUUCCCUCCUGCCCCUGAGACAGAUACACUGAAAGAAGCUACAGUGAAUCCGGGGCACGACAUCGAGGAACUGGUCGACCCGUUUAGCGACGGAAGCAAUGCGGCUUGGGACGAUCCGGAGGCAUUUUACGACCGACCGCCGCCCACUCGUCCGUGUCGUUCGUCCUCGACUUCGUGUGUGGCGGAGACGAGAUGAGGGUAAAUAGGAGAAA